AUGGAUUACAAGAUGGGGAAACCUAAAGGAAAGUAUCGAGUGGAACCAGCACAGAUGCAUUCUGAGCCCUCUCCUCCUCACACACAGAUCGGUCCCAACAGCAUCGCCGCCAGGGACGGACGGAUCCGUGAAGGGGACCGCAUAUUACAGAUAAACGGGCAGGACGUGCAGAACCGCGAGGAGGCGGUGGCCGUGCUGGCCAACGAGGACUGUCGGAACAUCCUGCUGCUGGUGGCCAGACCCGAGCUGCAGCUGGAGGAGGCCUGGCUGGAUGAUGAACACAGUGAGUUCCUGGAGCAGCUGAAGAUGGAGAUGUUGGAGGAGCAGCAGAGGGAGGAGCUGGAGCUUGCUGCCCUCCAGGAGCAAAAGUGCAACCGACAAGAAGCAGACUACAACCUGGCCAGCUGCUCCGCCCUCCCCGGCGACAAGGCGGGCGGGGCGCGCCUCAAGCGGAGCCCCGGCGAGAGCUCGGAGCACGACGUGCUGGCUCACAUCCAGCGGCGGCUCUCCCAGUGCCUGAGGGACAACCGCGGCGGCGCCGACGACGCCGACGACGGCCACGGGGAGCAGCGGGAGCCCCUGGUGGAGGACAACCGGGAGGGAGACCGCUUCCAGCAGCUGCUGGAGCUCAAGUGCCAGAUCCGCAACAGCGGCGAGUACGACCUGUUCUACAGCCGCCGCAGCACCAUCGAGGUCAGCCUGGCGGAGCAGGGCGGGGUGCAGCGGGAGCUGCGCAUGCUCAACGACGAGCUGCGCAGCAUCGAGCUGGAGUGCCAGAACAUCAUGCAGGCGCACAAGCUCCGGCAGGGCCCGCAGGGGGGCACGCGCCUGCGCCGCGGCCACGCCCACACCAAGGGCAAGGUGGCGGGCGGGCCGGGCGGCCGGCUGGAGAAGUCGGACAAGGACAGCUCCAGCGCCUACAACACGGCGGAGAGCUCCAGGAGCACGCCCCUGGCCAUGGACCGCUCCCCGGAGCACUCGCUGCAGCGGAUGGUCAGCCUGACCAACCAGAGGAACCUGCGCGGCAGCAGCAGCCUGGCGGCGGGCAGCUCCCUCAGCCCCAGCCCCGGGCCCAGCCCCAGCCCCGGGCCCUUCUACCCCCGGGCGGCGGGGGGGGGGCCGGCGGCCAAGAGCAGCAGCCCCGACCACAGCAACCCCUCCGAGUCGGACCACACCACCCAGGCGGAGGACGAGAGGCGGGGGGGCCAGGCCAAGGCCAGCGGCUCGCAGAUCCCGUACUUCUCGCCGUCCCACAGCUCGCAGCAGAGGCAGGCGGCGGUGAUCCCGGCGCACGCGCGCCACUACCAGAGCUACAUGCAGCUCAUCCAGCAGCGCUCGGCCGUGGAGUACGCCCAGAGCCAGCUCAGCCUGCUCAGCGUGUGCAAGGAGCCCCAGCGGCCCAGCGACGCGCCGCACAUGGAGUGGAAGGUGAAGAUCCGCAGCGACGGCACACGCUACAUCACCAAGAGGCCCGUGAGGGACAAGAUCCUGCGGGAGCGCGCGCUGAAGAUCAAGGAGGAGCGCAGCGGCGGGAUGACCACGGACGACGACGCCAUGAGCGAGAUGAAGAUGGGGAGGUACUGGAGCAAGGAGGAGCGCAAGCAGCACCUGGUGCGGGCCAAGGAGCAGCGGCGGCGGCGGGAGUUCAUGCAGAGGAGCCGCCUGGAGAGCCUGAAGGAGAACCCUCAGAGCAGCGGGGAGGGACGCAGCAAGGAGGUGAGCAUCAUCGAGCUCAGCCACAAGAAGAUGAUGAAGAAGCGCAACAAGAAGAUCCUGGACAACUGGAUGACCAUACAGGAGCUGAUGAUCCACGGCACCAAGGCGCCCGAGGGAGCCCAGGUGCACAACGCCUUCCUCUCGGUCACCACUGUAUAA